AUGACCGAUGUUGUCAACAGAAGUAGUGCUGAUGAGAGUGAAGAAAAACAGCAUACAAUGAGUUUAACAGAAAAUUCACCGACAUCAGGCGGAAUUGAGUCUGAAUAUGAUACAGCAAGUACUAAUUCAAGAUCUGAUAAUGAGCGCGAUGAAUAUGAAGACAGUGAAGAGGAAAGUUUGGACGAGGAAGGCACUGAUGACGAAGAUGAAGUAGUCGAUGAUGAAAGAGAGUCUGGCGAUGGACAAGAAGAACUAGAAAGUGAGAGCGGUGCAAAAAAGAAAGUAGAUCACGAUGAAGAUCGAAGUAAUCCACAGUAUAUUCCGAAGAAAGGAACAUUUUAUGAACAUGACGACCGUACUGCUGAGGAUUUAGAUGCAGAAGGAGAAGAAACUCCAGAAAAUGCAAAUAAUAGUACAGAAGGUUUAUCUGGAAGUACAAAAGUGCUUUCAACACAAAAUCAGAAAGUUACACCUAAGCAAGUAAAGAAGGUGAAAGAUACAGCCGAUCGUUGGUCACACGAUCGAUUCAAUGAAUAUGAACAAGCACCAAAAUCUCGCUCAGAGCUAGUUUCAGCCUAUGGCUAUGACAUUAGAAAUGAAGAUUGUCCACCACGUCCAAGACGUCAAAGACGAUAUGGACGACACCAAAUAAAAUACUCUAGAAAUUGGGAAGAUGAAAAUGCCUAUAAGAAAACACAGGCAGCUAUUAAACCACCUCGACGUCCACUAAAACCAGAAGAUUUUCCAGCACUUGGAUCUACAAAAGAUCAAAGUUCUUCAUCAUCUAAAUUAAAUCAACGAUCGCGUAGACGAAGACCACAAGAUGAGAAUGACCCACAAUCCUCAAUUAAUUAUCGCUCGCCAGUUAGAAAUCGAGAUUUGAAGCCACGCGACGAACGUAGUUCAAGGGAUCAAAGAAAUCAGCGUUAUAAUAAUGAUAAUAGCAACAAUAACAAUGCACGCCAUGUAAAAGGCAAAAAGAAUAUAAACUUUAAUCAUAAUAUCGAGUUCAAAAAUCAAAAUCGUAAAAAUAUUAAUUAUGAGUCGACCCAAACUAAAAACAAUAAUGUCCUUAAUCAACAAAUGCAAUCGACAUCAUCUCAUCAAACAUCGUCAUCACAUCAACAUAAUAGUCACUCGUCAUCGCAGGGUCCUUCCUCACAUCAUCAACAACAGAAUCAAGCGACCCAGAGAUUUAAUAAUAAUGAGGCUCCAUUGCCAACAUUGAGUUUUACAAAUAGUAAAAUGAAUAAUGCUACAACAAAUAGCUCAUCAGUGACUCCAACUUCGUCAAGAACUAUUCUUAACUUUGACAAUUCAUCAGGCAAUUAUGGACGAACAAGUCGUGAAAAAGAGGUUAACAGUCAGCAUCAGCAGAUGCAUACACAAAUCUCUAAUCAACAACAGCAAUCAGCAAUGUCACCGAAUAAAAAUAUUCAAUAUACAGAACAUCAAAUGGAUCAAAUGAAAUUAAUGGAAAAGAAUUAUCAACAGCAACAAGGAAAGGCGACUAAUUUGAAUUUAAAUCAAGGUCCACCUUCAUCGCAUCAACAGAUUAAUAAUAUGCCAGAUCCAUCACAAUCUAUGAUUAAUAAUUCUGAUAUGUCGAGAUCAAAACGGUAUUCAAGUUUACGUCAGAGAUCAAAUCUCAAUGAGGGUCCACAGACACAGCAGUCUCAACAAUACCAUCCACAAUAUCACCAACAAGAAAUUGAUCCUCAGCACGUACAAAAUGUGAUGCCAGCACAACAAACUCCUACGUAUAUCCCACAACAGCAGCAAGCUCCUCCUCCUCAAACACAGCCAAGUAUUAUGGCCACACAACCCCCUCCCCCCCAACCUGCGACAAAUGUCCAAACUCAACAGGCUCAAAAAUAUCAAGCAGCUUAUUAUGCUGCCAAUCCUGCUAGUGAAUAUGCAGCACAACAAGCUGCUUUAAUGCAGGCUGCAAUGGUAGAAAAAUACCAAUAUACACAGCAAACACCACCUGCUCAAUACUUGCCACCACAACAGGCUCCACAGAUUUAUAUGCCUACACAAACUCCACCGACACAGCAACAACAGAUUCUAAAUUAUGUGUCUACAAUUCAGCCACAAGCUCCUGCAGCAGCUUAUCCACAAUAUACAAAUUAUCAGAAUUAUAAUAUACCACCACAGCCUGCAGCAACUGUUCCACCACCCCAACAGGCUCCACCUCCUGCACAAACUCAGCCACAACCCAUAUAUCAAACUCAAGGUGGUCUAACGUAUUAUCCUAAUACACAAAUGCAGACAGCACAUCAACAGAGAAUUAUUCAACCACAGAGACGUCCUAAUCCUAUUCCUAUUUUAGCGCCACCAGAUCAUAAGUCAAAAACAAGCUCAUCAAAUGCUGAUGACGAUAAAAGCAAUGAAGAAAAAGGUGGUGCAGGUAGUGCUGAGAAUAUAGAUCACAUUUUGGAUAAUAUGUUCGUACAACGUCCAAUGACAAAUAUAAUUUCAUUGAAAGAUCCAACGCCUGUUAUACAGAACGAUAACAAAAAUGAAGAUCAAAUUAAUGACGGAAUGAAUUCGAUGUCAAUAACUGACGGCGAUAUAAAGGGUGAUGGUAGUAAAUAA